CUUUUAUUCUGAAAUUCUUCAGCGGAUGUUGUUGUCAGCUGAUAGUACUUCCUCCUCGCGUAGUUGUCUUGAAUGAUUUCACCUAAAUUCUUAUUAAUUUAAAACCUGUUUCAAACAAGCUGAUAGUAUUUCAUGUGGAGGGAACACGUCGAUAAAUAAAAUGUCUGCAAAGCCGACAUGUUUGAUUGUGGCGAGUGCGUCUCCUCAAGGAGUAUCAGCAACAUCUUUCCAUCAGUCCUUCAGCCUCUGUACCUCAGUGUUUAAUCUCCAGACAGCCACGCCUGGGGGAAAGCCAAUCGACUUCGUUGGAGUGGAUGAAAGCACCUCUCGAUGGGUGCAGGACUUCAAUGUGAAACCCUACGCAACACCAGCGAAACUGGAAUCUAUAGAUGGUGCUCGAUACCAGGCGCUGCUCAUCCCGGACUGCCCCGGAGCACUGAAUGACCUGGCACACAGCGGCUCUCUGCACCGCAUUCUCACACACUUCAUCUCCCAACAGAAGCCUGUUUGUGCAGUCGGACAAGGAGUGUCGGCAUUGUGUUGUGCCACUGAGGGACAGAGGUGGAUCUUCACUGGCUACAGCUUGACAGGGCCUUCAGUGUUUGAACUGGUGCGGAGACCUGACUUUGCCAACCUGCCCUUGGUUGUGGAAGACUUUGUGAAAGACAGUGGUGGAUCAUACACAGGAAGCCAAGAAGACUCUGUGCACGUAGUCAUAGACAGACACCUGAUAACUGGGCAGAAUAUGCAGUCAACCUCACUUGCUGUAAAUAAUCUAAUUCUUCUCUCAAAUGCCAAGUAAAAAAAGAAAACGUUAACAUCAGGAGCACUCAGAUUUAACUGCUUAGUUGUUGCACAUUUAUAUUCAUGUAAUUAAACAAACAUUCAUCUCAGACAAAUAUUGGAAGAUGCUGGUUCAGAUGUUUGGCAACACUGUAAAUACAACUUCAUUACUUUUUCAAUGCUGUUAUUGUAAACCCAAUAAAAGCCACACAAUCAAAUGUCUUGAUUUGAAAAAAAAAAAAAAAAAGGGGGGGGGAAAGCAGGAUGUUUAAAGCCGGAGAAGGAUGCAUCUUCACAGCAAGCAAGUCUGCAUCCAAGAGCAGAAAUGUUUGAAUAAAAUGGAGAGAAAAACAGCAGAAGAUUUCUGGAUUUGGACUGAAGGCUGGCUGCAGAUGUCAGUGGCACGUGAACAAGAGAAGAAUAUAAUCCUUCAUUUGAACUUUAUACAUAUUGAUGAUCAUGCACCCUCUGUUGUUUAAUAAUGACAUGUCACUGAACUCUGAAUGAACUGUACAAGUUGAUUUUUUUCUCCACAGUACCAUCAAUUAAAAGGAAUAACAUACCGAA